AUGGUUACCCGGGACCGAGCUGAGAAUCGAGAGGGUCCCAAGAUGCUGAAGCCGCUGGUGGAGAAGCGGCGCCGGGACCGCAUCAACCGCAGCCUGGAGGAGCUGAGGCUGUUGCUGCUGGAGCGCACGCGGGACCAGAACCUCCGGAACCCGAAGCUGGAGAAGGCGGAGAUCUUGGAGUUCGCCGUGGGCUACUUGAGGGAGCGCAGCCGGGUGGAGCCCCCGGGGGUUCCCCGGUCCCCAGGCCAGGACGCCGAGGCGCUCGCCAGCUGUUAUUUGUCCGGCUUCCGCGAGUGCCUGCUCCGCUUGGCGGCCUUCGCGCACGACGCCAGCCCGGCCGCCCGCGCCCAGCUCUUCUCCGCGCUGCACGGCUACCUGCGCCCCAAACCGCCCCGGCCCGAGCCGCCGCUAGACCCGAGGCCUCCGGCGCCGCGCCCACCGCUGGACCCCGCCGCACCGGCCUUCGGUCCCGCGCUGCACCAGCGCCCCGCGGCACACCAGGGCCCCCCUAGCCCGCGCUGCGCAUGGUCCCCAGCCCUCCGCUCGCCCCGCGCCGGGGAUUGCGGCGCGCCGGCACCCCUCACCGGACUGCUGCCGCCGCCGCCUCACAGACAAGACGGGGCGCCCAAGGCCCCGGCGCUCCCGCCGCCCGCUUUCUGGAGACCUUGGCCCUGA